CCCGCCCAGAAGUUAAAGACCGCUUUCUGUCUUCUCUUUCUCGACUUCGUCUUUUCUCCCGUUUCCAUCUCCAUCUCCAUUUCAUCUUCUUCACAUUUCUCUAGAUACCCUCAUCUCAUCGUCUUCUCCUCCCCCGCCACGUGAGAAGAAGAGUUCAACUGUCUAGCAUCCCCUCCUGUUUUUCAACCGCCCUUCCUCCUUCACAAACAUCUCACAGCAUGGCUAGCCAAUUGCGAUACGACGGCCAGGUUGUCGUCGUCACCGGCGCCGGCGGUGGUCUCGGCAAGGCCUAUGCCACUUUCUUCGGUUCCCGCGGUGCUUCCGUCGUUGUCAACGACCUUGGCGGCUCCUUCAAGGGCGAGGGUAACUCCACAAAGGCUGCCGAUGUCGUUGUUGAUGAGAUCAAGGCUGCUGGCGGCAAGGCCGUCGCCAACUACGACAGCGUCGAGAACGGCGACAAGAUCAUUGAGACCGCCAUCCAGGCUUUCGGUCGCGUCGACAUUCUCAUCAACAACGCCGGUAUCCUCCGUGACAUCAGCUUCAAGAACCUCAGCGACAAGGACUGGGAUCUGAUCAUGGCUGUCCACGUCACCGGCUCCUACAAGUGCGCCCGCGCUGCUUGGCCUCACUUCCGCAAGCAGAAGUACGGCCGUGUCAUCAACACCGCCUCUGCUGCCGGCCUUUACGGCUCCUUCGGCCAGACCAACUACUCUGCUGCCAAGCUUGCCAUGGUUGGCUUCACUGAGACUCUCGCCAAGGAGGGUGCCAAAUACAACAUUCUCUCCAACGUCAUUGCCCCCAUUGCUGCCAGCCGCAUGACCGCCACUGUCAUGCCUCCUGAUGUGCUCAACGCCCUCAAGCCCGAGUUCGUCGUUCCCCUUGUUGCUGCCCUCACCCACUCUAGCAACACCGAGAACGGUAGCAUCUUCGAAGUCGGUGGUGGCUUCGCUGCCAAGCUCCGCUGGGAGCGCUCCAACGGUCUCCUUCUCAAGGCCGAUGCCUCUUACACUCCUGGCGCCAUCCUCGACAAGUGGGACCAGGUUGUCGACUUCUCCAAGGAUACCCAGUACCCCUCUGGCCCCAACGACUUCCUUGGUCUGCUUGAGGAGUCCAUGAAGAUGGGCUCCAGCCCCAGCGCUGCUCCUCUUGACUUCACUGGCAAGGUCGCUCUCGUCACUGGUGGCGGUGCUGGUAUUGGCCGUGCCUACUGCUUGGCCUUUGCCAAGUACGGCGCUUCUGUAGUUGUCAACGAUCUCAUGGACCCCGACACCGUCGUUAACGAGAUCAAGAAGCUUGGUGGCAAGGCUGCCGGUGUCAAGGCCUCUGCUGAGGAUGGCGAGGCCGUCGUUAAGGGUGCCAUUGAUGCGUUUGGCCGCAUUGACAUCAUUGUCAACAACGCUGGUAUCCUCCGUGACAAGGCUUUCACCAACAUGGACGACAACCUCUGGCACUCUGUCAUGAACGUCCAUCUCCGCGGUACCUACAAGGUCACCAAGGCUGCUUGGCCCUACUUCCUUAAGCAGAAGUACGGUCGCGUCAUCAACACCACUUCCACCUCUGGUGUCUACGGCAACUUUGGCCAGGCUAACUACGCUGCUGCCAAAUGUGCUAUUCUCGGCUUCUCCCGCGCUCUUGCCCUCGAGGGUGCCAAGUACAACAUCUUUGUCAACACCAUUGCUCCCAACGCUGGUACUGCCAUGACCGCCACCAUCAUGCCUCCCGAGAUGGUUGAGGCUUUCAAGCCCGACUACAUUGCUCCUCUUGUUCUCGCCCUCUGCAGUGACAAGUGCCCCGAUCCUACUGGUGGACUCUACGAGGUCGGCUCCGGCUGGUGCGGUGCCACCCGCUGGCAGCAGACUGCCGGCCACGGCUUCCCCGUUGACGUCACCCUCACCCCUGAGGAGGUUGUCAAGCACUGGGACGCCAUUGUCACCUUUGACGAGAACGCUACCAACCCUGCCAAGGCCCAGGAGUCUGUUGGCAAGAUCAUGGCCAACAUGGAGAACCGUGCUAACCAGUCUGCUCCCGCCGAGGAAAACGAACACCUCGCCGCCAUCAAGGAAUCCCUCAACAAGGAGGGUAGCCCGACCGAGUUCAAGUUUGAAGACCGCGACUCGAUCCUCUACAACAUUGGCAUUGGUGCCAAGGCCAAGGAGCUCAACUACGUCUUUGAAGGCGCCGAUGAGUUCCAGGUCCUGCCUACUUUUGGUGUCAUCCCUCCCUUCUCUACCGAGAUGCCUUUCAGCUACGACGCUAUUGUGCCCAACUUCUCCCCCAUGAUGCUUCUCCACGGUGAGCAGUACCUCGAGGUCCGCAAGUACCCCAUCCCCACCAGCGGCACUCUCGUCUCCCGCGGCAAGCUUCUCGAGGUUGUCGACAAGGGCAACGCCUCCAUUGUCCGCACCGGUGUCACCACCAAGAACGCCGAGACUGGCGAAGAUGUCUUCUACAACGAGAUGUCCGUCUUCAUCCGUGGCAGCGGCGGCUUCGGCGGCGAGAAGAAGGGCGCUGACCGUGGCGCUGCUACCGCCGCCAACAAGCCUCCUGCCCGUGCUCCCGACUUUGUCGCCGAGGAGCCCGUCUCUCUCGACCAGGCUGCCAUCUACCGCCUGAGCGGUGACUACAACCCUCUCCACGUCGACCCCUCUUUCGCCAAGAUGGGUGGCUUCAAGGCUCCUAUCCUCCACGGCCUCUGCAGCUUCGGUAUUGCCGGCAAGGCUAUCUACGACAAGUACGGCCCCGUCAAGAACAUCAAGGUCCGCUUCGCCGGCCCCGUGAUCCCUGGCCAGACCCUCGUCACUGAGAUGUGGCGUGACGGCAACAAGAUUACCUUCCAGUGCAAGGUUAAGGAGACUGGCAAACCUGCCAUUGCUGGUGCCGCUGCCGAGCUUGUUUAAAGAAUGUAAAUGAUUUAAAUUGUAACGGAGGGGAAGAAGAUCAAGGCCGUGGAUGAAAAUUUGCAACGCUGUCAUGUGCUAUCCUAUUGGAAAAUGUUAUGUACUAUAUAUAUAUAUACUGUUUCUUACGUUUCUUUCAUUAAACCUCGUCCCCAUACGCGCCACGCUCUAUAUGUACAAACGCCUUACAAUAUCGCAAGAGCAGUCAAAGAGAGUUCGGAGUCCCCUGUUUAUUGAAACAUGGAGCCGACCAAGAUGUCGACAAACUGUUGCCUUGAGAUAAAGAUGCCCUGUGUAGCAAGCAAGCGGCCCACAGUGAGUCUCUCCCUGGCGCCGACUGCACCAGUGCGCAAGUAUGUCUUUUCCUUGUCCGUGAUGUCCUUUUUCUCCUUGUUUUUCCAGCUCUUCUCGGCCUCUGCCUUGGCUUGGGAUAGAACAAGUUCUGUAUUUUCCUUCUCCCAUAGGUUGCAUUUGGGACAUUGUGUACACUUGGUGCCAUCGCCCUGCGGCCGGAAGUGGUCGCAAAAGUGGCGAUAGCCCUCGUCUGUCAGAUCUGCGCGGCAUAUAUAGCACAUCUUGUAGCCGCAGGGGCAGGCGAGCUUAUUGCAGCCACUGUUCUUGACAAAGGAAGUGUUGCAUCGUGGGCACACCCGUUUAAUGGCCAUGCUCAUCGCCUGUUCGAUCUGAGUGCGUAGAGCGACAAGCGACGAUUCAUUGCAAAUGUGGAACUCGUUCCAAAAGCCGUUGCAAGACAAACAAGAUGGCUUCAGGCAGCUGGGGUCUUUGCAGUUAAACUUGAGUCCACGCCUUCGCCUCGAGUGCGCAAGAGUAGCUUCUUGCCAAGCUUCGAGCCACUGAUCCCAUGUGCAGCCAAAAUAAGCGAGGGAACCGAGAGAAAUUGAAAGGAUAGAGCCAGAAAUCGUAAGUCCAAUAGUGAAGAUUCCGAUCCACAGAAUUAUAGUACAGUAUAUCCAGUCUUCCUUGAGUAAGAGCUUGUUUUCGUACAUGCCGAGCUGGAUUUCUUCCGUUUCCGCGUAGUCACAAAACGGGCAUCGAUGUAGAGGCAGUUGGGAUUCCAGUAGGUUGUUCUGCGCCAGUCGUUGGUCGAGUUUGAGCAUGAUGCCAGCGCCUGCGCUGUCCCUCAGCAUAGCCUUGUACAGCUGGUCAGGCGGAACAACACCUGGGCAGUCGCUGCCAUCAGCAGCCAUGCACCGCAACGUGCCUCGGGCAGGGUCAAUCACUCGCGCCCAGCCCUGACCAAAGACUGCUUCUUUGACAGACGCCUGGACGCAGUCGUUACAGAUCAUAUGCUUGCCUUCAGUGCAGUGACAGAGUUCUUCAAAAGUCAUGUCGCCGUAGCAGCACUCGCACUCAUAGAUACAGAAUGUGUCUCUUGCUUCUCGCUCGUUGACGGCAAUGGCAAGCUUACAGUCGCGGUCUUCCUGCUGCAGCUUCUCACGGUCGUUGAUCGGUUUAAUGAUGGUGUUGAAGAGCUCUCUGUCCAGCUCAGCACUGCCGGAGGCUUUAAUGGUAGCAUAAGGGGUUCGGUCUGGCUUUGUCUUCCACACAAUCAGUGGAUGGCUACACGGGUCAUCUGCAAUGAGGCGCUUGCGUCGAUAGAAGAGACCGGACAGGGUAUAUCGCCAUGAUUUGUUGGCUGCGGCUUCCAGUGUUGCUCUUGCAUCGAGAUAUGAGUAGUUAUGCUCGGCCAGGACAGCAUCAAUUGCACCCUUUGAAAAGCCCUUGAACUCGUCGCUAGCGACAGUACGGGCCGCCUCCUUGUACUCAUCGCUACGGAAGCCGUCGGCGCGGGUAAAGACUGGCGCUGGUUUACCCUGGGUAGCGAGCGGGCGCCACCUGCCCUUUGUCCAUUCGAUUUUGGCCUUGAGAAGGGCAUCGGAGACAAGUUCCAGACGGGACUCCCCGCUAAAGUGGAUGAGCAUCUCGCGAAAUACCUCGAUGCUGACGUCGGGGAAGACGGCCAUUAGGGCCUGUAUGCUGUUGUUGAGGUCAUGGAGGUCGGGGCGGUCGGGUGGGAUGCAGGGUAAUUGGGACUCUUCGUAGAUGAAGUCGGAGAUUGUUUUUUGCUUGCCAGUCGAGCGUUCGCCCGGGUUUAAGAUGUUGGAGAGCACCAUAGCGUCUAGAGUUGCAUUCCGGCGGCGGCGCUGCUUUUCUGAUUGGGGCUGCUUUGCGCCGCACGGGAGAAGGGGUAUUUUUAUUGUCCGGUUACUGGUAAGUAAGAGCGAUCCCGCUUAUGAUCUUGACGGCGAUUUAUACGUGCGAUGGUGGCGAUGGCGAUGGCGAUGGCGAUAAAGACGAUGUCGAUGAAGAUGAGGAGGAAAAGUGCUAUUUCAGCCGCAUGACCACUGUUGGUUGCGCUGUG